GUGACCCCAACGGCUCUACGGGUGAGUACGACUGGUCGCUUUUCAUACCACCGGUGUUUACGCCCCGAGCCAUACGGCUCCGAUCUAGGGGCAAUUUUUGUUAUCUGUUUCGUACUCUGUUCCCUGGUGACUGGGGGACGCCCCACACGGUUUCCGUGGUUCACCGUCUGCGAUAGGGUCUCCCUAUCGAUCUGGGGGAUUUCGAUUCCCAAUCUGUGGUCCGUCUGGGCCAAUCUGGAGACACCCUUUGAGGUGACUCAUCUGGGGGAUUUCGAUUCCCAGUCUGUGGUCCGCCCGGGCCAAUCUGGAGACACCCUGUAAGGUGUCUCAUUUGGAGUGAAACUGAUGCGUAUGCAUGUGAAUGAAGUGGCCGGCCUGAUUGUUUUGUGUGUCGUGGGUGCUGUGUUAGGUUAUUUGUUGUACCGCGCUUGCGUUAACCGCCCUGUGACAAUAGAACGUCAUGGGACAGUCGACCUCAUCCCCAUUGUCCCUCACCCUCGACCAUUGGUCGGAGGUGCGGAAGAGGGCUCACGAUCUCUCCUUGCAGGUCAAGAAGAGUAAGUGGCAGGAUUUCUGCUCGACUGAGUGGCCUGCUUUCUCUGUGGGGUGGCCACCAGAGGGGACUUUUCAUCUGCCCCUCAUUCUAGCAGUUAAGGACGUCAUCUUCCGCCCCGGACGAAGGGGGCACCCUGAUCAAGUCGCUUACAUCCUGGUAUGGCAGGACCUCAGGGAGGAACCCCCAUUAUGGGUAAAAUCCUUUCUUCCCCCUUCUGACUCAUCUGUACCAAAGCUUUUAGCUCUGAAAGGACCUCCCACUUCGGCUCCGGUCCUGCCCGAGUCUCAGCCUGAUCUACCCUUACUCGACUAUGACCAGCCUCCUCCUUCUCAGCCGACUCAACCUCCCCCGUACCCACUCUCUCCUCCAGCCUCCUCGUCCGAAUCGAGUGCUGCUUCUCCGUCAGCCCCCUCUUCACCUGAGCUAAAUUCCUCUUCUCCUCCGGUACCCACGUCCCCUCUAUAUCCCCCACUCCCUGCGAUGGCUUGCCCCGAGCCCACACCUCCGGGGCCCACGGGCCCAGCCCAGAACACUCGGAGCAAGCUACGGCCUGAGGAUCCAGUCGUUGCCCUCCCUCUCCGUCCCUAUGGGCCCAUGAUAGACGAUGGGACAGAUGGAGGGCAGAUGCCCGCUUUACAGUACUGGCCUUUUUCUACCUCAGAUCUCUAUAACUGGAAAAACAAUAACCCUCCUUUUUCUGAUGAUCCUUCUAAGCUAACAGGUCUAAUGGAUUCUGUUAUGUUCUCCCACCAACCCACAUGGGACGACUGUCAACAGCUCCUAGGGGUCCUGUUCACCACCGAGGAAAGAGACCGCAUCCUCCUGGAAGCCCGGAAAGCUGUUCCCGGAGAGGAUGGCAGACCCACCCAGAGACCAGACCGGAUCGAUGACUUCUUCCCCUUAAAGCGCCCCAACUGGGACCCCAACUCACCUGCUGGUAGGCAGCAUCUUUCUAUCUAUCGCCAGACUCUAAUGGCAGGUCUCCGGGCGGCCGCAAGGCGCCCCACUAAUCUGGCCAAGGUAAGAGAAGUUACCCAAGGACCUACUGAGACUCCCUCAGUUUUUCUAGAACGCCUGAUGGAAGCUUACCGGCGAUAUACGCCUUUUAACCCUGAGGAGGAAGGCCGAAAAGGCUCGAUAGCUAUGGCCUUUAUAGGACAAUCGGCCCCUGAUAUAAGACGUAAGCUCCAAAGGCUAGAUGGUCUCCAAGACCUGACUCUGAGGGAUCUUGUUAAGGAAGCUGAAAAGGUCUACUAUAAGCGGGAGACAGAGGAAGAGAAAGAGUUAGCUAGGGACAAAAGACGAAACAAGGAAUUAACUAAGAUGUUGGCCACAGUUAUUCAGGGAAAACCUGAGCCAGGAAAGGGAAAGCCCACUCGCCCUCCAUUAGACCCUGAUCAAUGUGCAUAUUGUAAGGAAAAAGGACACCUGAUCAAAGACUGUGAAAAGUUAAAAAAGAAACGGGCCAAAGAAGAACGAGAAAGACAGUCCUCACAGCGAUCCCGAGCCCCCAUGCUCGCCCUAGAUGAAGAAGACUAGGGACUUCGGGGCUCGGAUCCCCUCCCCGAGCUCAGGGUAAUGUUUAAAGUGGAGGGGACUCCCGUGGAAUUCGAGGUCGAUACGGGAGCUGUUUAUUCGGCCUUACAAGCCCCCUUAGGGGCCCUUUCAACUAAGAAAUCAUUAGUUCAAGGGGCUAACGGGAGCAAAUAUCGCUCGUGGACCACUGAGCGCACAGUUGACUUAGGCAAGGGAAAAGUAAAACACUCCUUUCUGGUUAUUCCCGAAUGUCCUGCUCCCCUCCUGGGACGGGACUUAUUAACCAAACUGGGGGCAAAGAUUUCCUUUGAGCCCCAAGGACCUCAAGUAACAUUCCGUAACCCAAAGGUUGGGCAACCUAUGGUUACGGUGUUAUCUCUAAAACUGGAAGAUGAAUAUAGGCUCUACGACCACCAGGAUCCCCAGCCUAUCGCCCCAGCCUGGCUAACUGAUUUUAAAGAAUCCUGGGCCGAGACGGCUGGACUUGGGCUGGCAAGCCAGCAACCGCCUGUAGUGGUUACUUUAAAAACCACUGCCUCCCCUAUUCGGGUCAAGCAAUAUCCCAUUAAUAGAGAAGCUCACCUAGGGAUUAAGGUGCACAUACAGAGACUUUUAGACCAAGGGGUAUUAACUCCUUGUCGGUCUGCAUGGAAUACUCCGUUACUCCCGGUCAAAAAGCCCGGGACGAAUGACUACAGACCGGUACAGGACCUAAGGGAGGUCAAUAGCAGGGUAGAAGACAUUCACCCCACCGUACCCAAUCCCUAUAAUCUCCUCAGCGGGUUAAAUCCGUCAAGGACUUGGUAUACUGUUCUGGAUUUAAAGGAUGCCUUUUUCUGUUUGCCUUUACACAAAGAUAGCCAGCCCUUAUUUGCAUUUGAAUGGACGGACCCUGAGACUGGGUCCGCCGGACAACUAACCUGGACGCGCCUCCCACAGGGCUUCAAAAACAGCCCAACCAUCUUUGAUGAAGCCCUACAUAAGGAUUUAGCCCCCUUUCGGGCUCAACACCCAAGCCUCACCCUUCUUCAAUAUGUAGAUGACUUGCUGCUGGCUGCGGACUCUGAGGGUGACUGCACAAGCGGAACUCAGGACCUUUUACGUGAGUUGGCUAUCCUGGGGUAUAGGGCAUCAGCAAAAAAGGCUCAAAUUUGUAAGCGAGAGGUAAUUUUUCUGGGCUACUCCUUAAAAGGGGGACAAAGGUGGCUCACUGAGGCCAGAAAACAGACUGUGGUCCAGAUUCCCCCUCCAAAGAGUCAAAAACAAUUACGAGAGUUCCUGGGCACUGCGGGGUUCUGCCGGUUAUGGAUCCCCGGAUUCGCAACUUUGGCAGCUCCCCUAUAUCCGUUACUGAAGGGGGGAUCUCCCUUUAUCUGGAAAAAAGAUCACCAGCAGGCCUUUGAUGCCAUCAAGCGGGCUCUCCUGUCCGCUCCGGCCCUGGCUCUUCCUAAUGUGGAUAAGCCCUUUACUCUCUUCAUGGAAGAAAAAAAAGGAAUAGCGAGAGGAGUGCUGACCCAGGCCUUUGGGCCAUGGAGGCGUCCGGUGGCUUACCUCUCAAAAAGACUGGACACUGUGGCAAGCGGGUGGCCACCCUGCCUAAAGGCCAUCGCAGCAGCUGCCUUGCUCAUUAAAGACGCUGACAAAUUGACUUUGGGACAGAAAAUAACAAUCAUUGCCCCGCACACGCUAGAAAGCAUCAUCCGCCAGCCUCCAGACAGGUGGCUCUCAAAUGCCAGAGUUACUCAUUAUCAGAGCCUCUUGCUCAACAAGGACAAGAUAACUUUUGGACCCCCGGUGACUCUCAACCCGGCGACCCUGCUGCCGGAAGAAGCUUCGGAACCCGUCCUCCAUACCUGCCAGGACGUCUUGGCGGAAGAGGCCGGAGUACGACCGGACUUAUUGGAUUGCCCCCUACCCAAUGCAGAGGUGACCUACUUCACUGACGGGAGUAGCUUUUUGAUUCAAGGUAAGCGGUAUGCGGGGGCGGCUGUGACUGAUUAUUCCAAUGUUAUAUGGACAGCCAGACUAGAGGACGGGUCCUCGGCCCAAAAGGCCGAACUGAUUGCUUUGACUAAGGCUCUAGAGCUCGCUAAAGGAAAGCGAGCGAACAUUUACACGGAUAGCCGAUAUGCUUUUGCAACGGCCCACAUCCACGGGGCCAUAUACCGCCAGCGGGGGCUUCUGACCUCCGCAGGAAAAGAAAUAAAACACAAACAGGAAAUCCUCCAGUUGCUCGCUGCAGUUAUGUUGCCCCAGAAGGUGGCGAUAAUACACUGUAACAGCCACCAGAAAGGGACUGAUCCCGUCACAAGGGGAAACAACCUGGCCGAUCAGGCAGCAAAAUCUGCAGCCAUGGGAGACUCACAGAUGUUGGUGACUGAUGUCAAAGAUUCUCCUCAAAAGGAGAAAGCUCAGAUUAACCAAACCCCUAAAACACCUGAUUUGACUGCUUACAUACAACAGGCCCACCGGCUCACUCAUUUGGGAGCUAAAAAGCUAAGCCUACUGGCCCAACGCCAAGACUUCCCAGGGGCAUCCCCCACUGCCAUACGUCAGGUCGCCAAUCGGGUGGUGGCUAAUUGUGAGGCAUGUCAAUUGACCAAUGCCUACCCUGCCAAGCUGGCCCCCGGCAAAAGGCUACGCGGCACCAGACCUGGACAAUACUGGGAAGUGGACUUUACAGAAGUUAAGCCUGCCCGAUGCGGACUAAAAUAUCUGCUAGUUUUUGUAGACACCUUUUCUGGAUGGACUGAGGCUUUUCCUACCAAAAAGGAAACCGCUGCCGUGGUAACAAAAAAAUUGAUGGAAGAAAUAUUUCCCCGGUUCGGAUUGCCAAAGGUAAUAGGGUCUGAUAAUGGACCGGCGUUUGUGGCUAAGGUAAGUCAGGGACUGGCCAACAUAUUGGGGAUUGAUUGGAAAUUACAUUGUGCUUAUAGACCCCAAAGUUCAGGACAGGUAGAGAGAAUGAAUAGAACUAUUAAAGAGACCCUCACUAAAUUGGCUCAUGAGACUGGCUUAAAAGAUUGGACGAUGCUCCUGCCGUAUGCCCUUUUUCGCGCGCGAAACACCCCGUCCACCAAACCCCCUAACCUUACUCCCUUCGAAGUCCUUUUUGGCACUCCACCCCCCAUUCGAGAUCUCACUCCCUUAACUGAGCAUGCUGCCUUGUUGCCAACCUCCCUGUCUGACAGGCUCAUCGCCCUUGACAACCUGCAGAGGGACGUGUGGACGCAGCUAGCCUCGGCCUAUGCUCCCAGUGAGUUCCCCGCGCCACAUCCGUACCAGGUGGGAGACUUUGUGUUCGUCCGGCGCCACCAACAAGAGACUCUACAGCCUCGCUGGAAAGGACCGUAUCAGGUCCUAUUGACUACUCCUACAGCGGUAAAGGUUGACGGAGUCGCCUCUUGGAUCCACGCGUCACACCUAAAGCCUGCCUCGGCACCAGUGGACGGCUCCUGGGAACUCAAACGGUCUGAUAACCCCCUGAAGCUAAAGUUGCGCCGAAGGACCCCCUGAGAUUAUUCAGAGUACUACCCUUAUGUGUCCCUCUAAGAUGACCCGUAUGGGACCCCAGACUUUAACCCUCCGGGCUCUAAUGGGAUUACUUAUAUUAAUAAUCCCCACUGUAGCUAGCCCCCAUCGCCCCUGGAAAUGGUCGUUAAUACGAUGGGGGGACUCACGUGUGGGUAGCACCUGGGAAGGAUCAGGAAGUCCAUGGUUUGCGCCCACACCCUGUUGGUUCUUUCCAGGGCUCCAAUGUCCCAAACAAAGUCAUUUUUAUCUUUGUCCCGCACCAACCGGGAGUAGAUCAUAUUGUAAUUCCCCAGGAGAAUAUUUUUGUGCUUAUUGGGGCUGUGAAACCGCUGCAACAGGGUGGCAACCCGCCUUCCCCGAUAAACACCUUAAAAUGACAUGGGGGCCGCCGGGAUGCAGCCUAGAUAACUACCCACCGGCUGGUCAGAGAUCCUGUCAGGUUCUAAAUAUCACUGUCACCACUCCUGAGGACCCAGGUUGGCUGACAGGACGCACCUGGGGACUUCGAGUCUAUGAGCCAGGUAAAGACAGGGGAAGCCUUAUUCUUAUAAAAAAGGUUCCCCUGCAGGCCCCAUUUGUGCCCAUAGGCCCAAACUUUACUCUAAAGCCAAAAUAUAAUCAGCCUACUAUAGAUCCUGUUACUACUGUUCAAACAACCAUAGUAAGUCCCUCAGCCAUAACAGUUUCUCAAGCUCCGCUACUCCAGACAGAUCACGUACCUGUCCCUCAAUAUUCACAUUCUAACCUACUCAGUUUGAUUAAAGGAGCAUACAUGGCUUUAAAUCAUACCCGACCUGAUCUCCCCCAAUCCUGUUGGCUAUGUCUAAGUCCUAAUCCCCCGUAUUAUGAGGGAACCGCUCUAAAUGACUCUUAUACACUAACCCCCAACCCCGGCCAAUGCGAUUGGAAUCAAGUAUACCACACUCUCCCCCUUCCUGGCCUCGCUGGUCAAGGAACUUGUAUAGGAGCAGUUGAUAACUGACCAACAAGCUUGCAACAUCUUUGCCUCACACACACUAAUUCCUUUCCCAAAGAUCAGUACCUCGUCCCUCCUACUGGAGCCUUUUGGCUAUGUACCAAUGGGCUCACUCCUUGUGUCUCCACUAACGUCCUCCUUGCAGACAGCAGCUCCUGCAUCCUUAUAGACCUUAUGCCACGCAUUAAAUAUCUCCCCCCUAACACACUCCCCCUCAUGGGAGGUCGAUAUAAACGAGAACCUGUCUCCCUGACCCUAGCAGUCCUAUUGGGGAUAGGUGUGGCGGGGGGGAUAGGAACUGGCACAGCAGCCCUCAUUACUGGGCAUCAGUCUCGCCAACAGCUUCUUGCAGUAGUAAACCAAGAUUUACAGGCCUUAGAAACUUCUAUAACUGCGUUACAACAAUCUCUCUCGUCUCUAUCUGAAGUAGUGUUACAGAACAGAAGAGGCUUAGAUCUUCUAUUUUUAAAAGAAGGCGGUCUCUGCGCUGCACUUAGAGAAGAAUGUUGUUUCUACACUGAUCAUACUGGGAUUGUAAAAGACGCAAUGGAAAAGCUGAGAGAGAGAAUCAAAUCUCGAGAGCCCCCUUCAAGUGAAGCCAAAAUGUUUUCCUUCUGGGAAUCAAUCCUGCCCUAUGUUCUCCCUUUACUGGGACCCCUGGCCGGAUUCAUUAUAGUCAUGGCUAUAGCCCCUUGCCUCAUUAACCGAGUAACCCAAUUUGUGAGGGCUCAGAUCUCUCAGGUAAAAGUUAUGGUGCUACGCCAACAAUAUGACCCCUUACCUAUACAGGACCUUUAGGAUUAAAAGUCAUUGGAAAAAUAAAAGGGGGGAGUGUGAGAGUCGACCCCCCUGCUACAACCCCCUCCCCAGAGCGGGGAAUGAAAGGGUUAACUCCCUAACUCCCCAGAGCGGGGAAUGAAAGGGUUAACUCCCUAACUCCCCAGAGCGGGGAAUGAAAGGGUUAACUCCCUAACUCCCCAGAGCGGGGAAUGAAAGGGUUAACUCCCUAACUCCCCAGAGCGGGGAAUAAAAGAGUUGACUCCCUAACUUCCCAGAGCUAUCAAAACAGAGCAGUAAAGAGUGCUUCACUCCCUAAACCUUUUCCCAGGAGAUAGUCAGAGCGGGGCCAAAAGGAAUGUCUCUGCUAGUCAUUAGCCACUAGAUGUUCUGUUCUUUGUAAAGAUAGAGAUAAGCAAAAGAAUGUACUGUAUAAACAGGACCAGGGAGCACCUGGCACUCUAAGGUCAACCCAAGACCCUCGGUCUCCAUGGUUACUCAGCCCCAGACCCUCAAAUCAGCAUUAGCCAGGUCCUGCGCCGCUCAAAAUUAACCAAUGCGAUUUGCUUCUGUAAACUUGCUUGCCUCCUGCGUGUACCUUUAAAAACCCUGCACAAAUUCCCCUCGGGGCCCCUCCGCACACGUUUGCCUGAGGGACCCCAUGCGCAUGGAAAUAAACUUUCUUUUCCUCACCAA